AUAAAUUUUGUAAGGGAUGGAUGCCUCAAUGACCUUUGAGAAAAUGCAUUAUGAAUUCUUUAUUCAUAAUCGAAAAGUUGGUUGGUGGCUUUCAAAGCAAAGUAAUUUUAAUAUGAAAUUUAUUCAAAAUGUGGAUGGAUAGACUUUGUUCCAUGAUUUUUGUAAGGGUGGCCCAAAAAGGUUGGAUGAUUCCUUAAUGUGAAAGCUAGUUUUUGACCCUAGUCCCUAAAUGCUAUUAUCUAUUUUGCUUUGAUGGUCCCUUAGUCCCUAAAUGCAGUUUUGGAACUACAAUAUGAAGUGAUUUUGCAAAUGCCACUGGUAUAAGAUUUGUGUUGAUAAUUUUAAAUGUAAGUAUUCGAUUUAGUAACUGAAAAAAGGUAGAACCUUAUCCAUUUUUAUUAUUCUUGAUCAUUUAAUAAGAUUCAAUCUUCUGCUUGAUAAAUACAAAACCUUUUAUUGCUGAACAUAGCAGUGUACAAGUUCAACGGUGAUUUGGAAACCGAAAUCUGUAAUAGCAGCCUGUCAUUAUUUUAGAUUCAUUAUGAGACCACUGUCUAUAUGUGGAGAGACUCUAGAGAGAUGAUUGAAGCUUUGGUUACAGGAUAGAAACUAGGGAACAAUAACAGGUGCUCUGAACUUUCUAUUGAAUCCCAGCUUUCAAGGUUGAUUUGUUAACUGGCAGGCAUUUUAUGUCCGAAGUAAAUGUGGGAACAAGUUUUCUUAAUAUGGUAAUUCUAUGAUUUGAGCUGCCUAUCCCCCCUAUAUGCAUGGUGUACAAUCAGUUGAAAUUAUAUGUGCUGGAAAUAUUGAUAAAACAGUUGAAAUUUGGUCAAGGUGCCUGUUAGAUGAGUAUGAAGGGAAAUCUUAUGUUGACCUUCUUCAGGAUUUGAUGGAAAAAACUAUUGUUCUUGCCUUGGCAACUGGGUAGAAGCGCUUUAGUGCCUCUCUGUGCAAGCUCUUUGAGAAAUAUGCUGAAAUCUUAGCAAGUCAAGGGUUGCUGACCACAGCAAUGGAGUAUCUAAAACUUUUGGGUUCUGAACAACUUUCGACAGAACUUGUGAUAUUGAAGUACCGAAUUGCACUGUCCACGGAACCUGCUCCGACGAUUUCAACUGUUUAUCUUGGGCGAGAAACGGUUCUUCUUCUGAAGGUUUUUCUCUUGGUCUCGUUGCUGGUGAAUUAUUCGAUGGAAACAUUGAUAUCUGGAAUCCUCUCACUCUGAUACGCUCGGACAAAAAUGAACGUUCUCUUGUUGGACACCUUAUAAGGGACCGGUUCGUGGACUUGAGUUUAAUACAAUUGCACCCAAUCUUCUUGCAUCUGGGGCUGAGGAUGGUGAAAUUUGCAUAUGGGAUUUGGCCAAUCCUUCAGAGCCUACACAUUUUCCACCGUUAAAGCUCAAAAUUUUUUUUGCCUCUGGUGUUUAGUCACCCCUUCUUUUGAUGGAUUAAUAUGCUCUUAAUCUUUAAAUAUAUGGCUCUAUAAUUUGAUAUUUUUACACAUAUAGUGUUUAUGAUCACUGUGCAGGGUAGUGGCUCUGCUUCCCAGGGGGAAGUUUCAUUCUUAUCUUGGAAUAGUAAAGGGCAACACAUAUUAGCAUUCACUUCAACCUUUAUAUUUUUUUCUCAUUGUUGUAUUGUUCGUUGGGAUGAUAAUUUUUUUUUUUGUUUAUUUUUUAAAAUUUUGGUUUUAUUCUCCAGUGGUUUGGGACCUAAAGAAGCAAAAGUCAGUGAUAAGCUUUGCAGACUCAGUUAGACGGCGGUACUCAGCUUUGCAGUGGAAUCCUGGUGUUGCUACACAACUUGUUGUUGCAUCAGAUGAAGACGGAUCUCCUUCUAUAUGGGUAUAGUCUCUGCAGAUUGUCUGCAGAUUAAGGAGUUUGUGGGGCACACUAGAGCUGAACUUCUCAAGUACUGCUGUAGCACCUCCUCCCGUGAGAACUUUUGAUCCUCAAACUCCUCCUGUGCUUAAAAACGUGGAGUGUUAUCAGCAGCCCACAUUGGGUUCUCAAUUGUAUAAUACUUUUCAACGAGACAUCGGAAGCACUGGGAGGUCCACGUGCAAAUGUACCAAAGAAGCGGGAGAUAGAAGACAACUCAAAGAAACUUGGUGGGUUGUUUGCGAAAUUGAACAGUGGGGAUAUCUCCAAAAAUGUUUCUGAUAAGCUCCUUCAGCUUUGUCAGGCGAUAGACAUUGGUGAUUUUAUGAAUUCUCUUCAAAUUCAGAUGGUAUUGGAAAGAUUUCCGCUUUCAUUGGAUUGGAAAAAUGGAGGGAAAAUCUUUUGAAGGGGAUUAAGCAAUAAUUCCAAGAAACAGUGCUUGAAAUUUCAGUAGAUAGAAUGAGUUGACAGUUCAGGUUGCUCACCUGAAGAUGCAAAUGACAUUGAUAGCAUAAUUGAAUCCGUUAAAGGUAUUGAAAUUACACCAGCGAGGAUUAGAGGAUUUUUACAUAAAGUUAGUUGGGAUAGAUUGGCUUCUAUGUAUGUUGCUGGUCGUACUGGUGGUGAAUGUGAAUCAAGGUGGUUGAAUUGUGAAGACCCUUUGAUCAACCAUGGCCCAUGGACUUUAGAAGAGGAUAGGUCUCUUUUGACUAUUGUCCAAGAGAAGGGCAUCAGGAACUUGUUUGAUAUUGCUGUAUCAUUGGCCACAAACAGGAUUCCAUUUCAAUGUUUGGCACGAUUCAAAAGGAGCUUAAAUUCUUCGAUGAUAAAUAGUGAAUGGACUGAGGAAGAAGAUGCCCAACGUUGUUCUGCUGUUGCAUAUUUUGGUGAUAGUAAUUGGCAGAAUGUUGCUUCUGUUUUAGAACGGCGGACGGGAACCCAGUGCUCGAAUAGAUGGAAAAAAUCAAUUUGUCCUGUGAGGAAAGGGAGCUUUACUCUCAAGGAGGAUGAACGCCUUACAGUAGCAGUCAUGCUGUUUGGCCGGAAAUGGAAUCAAAUAGCCAAAUAUGUUCCUGGCAGGAUCCAAUCUCAGUGUAGGGACAGAUACCUUAAUAGUUUGGAUCCUUCUUUGAAAUGGGGUGGGUGGACUGAGGAUGAGGAUUUAAGAUUAGAAGCUGCAAUCACCAAGUAUGGAUAUUGCUGGUCUAAGGUUGCGGAAUAUGUGCCUCUCCGCACCGAUUCCCAAUGCCGAAAAUGGAAGGUGAUAUGUCAUGAACAAGUUCCUCUGCUUCAAGAAACAAGAAAGCGGCAAAGGUCUCUUCUUGCCGGUAACUUUGUCGAUCGAGAAUCUGAACGUCCAGCCCUUACACCGAAUGACUUUAUUCCUUUACGAAUGGUAGCUUCACCAUCUGAUGUUGGUGCGAAAAUCUCCAAAGGAAGCGGAAGAGACAGUCGAGAUAAACAGGUUGAUCGAGAUAUCAUGGUCUGCAAGCAUGGAGUUCAGAUGCUUGAUUAUGCUAGUUGAGCUGAUGUCAUGUUAUCUUAUAUUGUGAAUAAGAUUUAGUUUCUUUAUGUUUUCAAUUGUUAGCUCAACUUAGUAUUAAUAACUUGGAUUUUUGUAAUCCUAUUUAUGUAUUCGGACGAUAUGUAAUGAAAUUUAAUGUUUCCCGAUUCAGUUAUGUACACUCUUGUCGAUAUUCUAGAUAAAUUGACAUGGCAUGUUAUACUGCACAAUGAAUAAGUUCUGUAUAUAUAAUAGAAUAUAAUUUUGUAUAAGCUUAU